GGAGGGGCUCAUAUUACUGGCAUUUGCCAAUUGCUACCCAUCAUCUCAUCAAUAAUUGAACAAUCUCGCCAUCCAUUAACUACUAGUACAAUAGUCAGCUCCCGAGAACAGAAAGAAGAGCUGAACUACCAUUCUUACGGCUCCUACUGUUCCGUUCUCCUCCCACUCCGCAGUCCCUUCUUUUAUUUCGUGUUUGCGUAGAAACUCAUUUGAGCUCCAUCGCGCCAGCAGGCAUCUAGUAGUAUCACUUCACCACCAUGCCCCCCGCCUCCGAGGUCAUCUGUCUCUUCUCACUUUUCUUCUCCCUCCAACUCCCUCUCACUCUCUCUUCCUCCGCCUCUCGCCGGAUCCUCCAUCAGCCAUUCUUCCCCAAGCAUUCUGUCCCUCCUGACUCUUCGCCGCAAUCCCAACCCAGCACGAUUCCCUUUUCGUCUUCUUCAUCAUCCUCUCCAACUCCGAGUCCAACACACAGGACUUUUUUCCCUUCUUACCAUUCCCCACCAACCCCUGCUUCUCCCUCUGCUCUCUCCACAUUUCCUGCCAACAUCUCCUCCCUGCUCUUCCCCCAACCCUCUUCCUCCCACCGCCACCCUGCCCUUGCCAUUGCUGUCUCCCUGCUCUCCGCAGCUCUUGUCGCCCUUCUUGUCUUCUUCAUUUACUACCGUAAACGCACCACUCCUGACAAGGUUUCACGAUCUAACAGUCUACGAUUAUGCCCUCCAAACACUCUUACUUCCGAUGGUAUUGGUAGUCAUAAGCCUCGCUCAAAAUCCUGCACCAGCGCGGGCACCAGCUCCGAGUUCCUCUAUCUGGGCACUGUGGUAAAUUCACGAGAAGCUUGUGGUCGGCUGAGUAUGGGCCCUUGUGCUGCACCAUAUCAAAGACUGGGGUCGCCCGAUCUCAAACCGCUUCCGCCAUUGCCGCCCCACAGAAACAGAGGGACUGGCGAAGAUGAGGAAGAAGAGGAGUUCUUCUCUCCAAGAAGGUCUUCAGGCCGCAGACUGAGUCCAGUGCGUACUGGGUCAGGGAGAGUGCUCCGGUUGGGAAUGGAUAGACUUGGGAUUGGGAGUAGAAGCUUCAAUUCAACAACACCCCGCGCUUGCUCAAAUUCUGCAUCGGCCACUUCUUCCCCUUGUUUGAAUUUGAGUCCCAGGCACUCUUCGGAGCCUCAGCCCCCCAUGAGAUCCUCCUCACCGUCUUCACCGGAGGUUAGUUGGAAUUUUCUAGUGUCAGAACAGAGGAAGAAUUCUGAGGCCAGAAAUGAGAUAAAUGUUCCAAUCGAGAAGCCCCCAUCUCCCCCGCCACUUCCGCCUCCACGCUUUUGGGAACGAUCUCCAAAUAACAAUGAGGAUACUCGAAAGCCAAGGUUGAAACCUUUGCACUGGGAUAAGGUUAGGGCCUGCUCGGAUCGGGCCAUGGUUUGGGAUCAGUUAAAACCGGGUUCUUUCCAAUUGAACGAGGAAAUGAUAGAGACGCUUUUUAUGGUGAAUAAUACCGCAAAUUUCGCUAUCAGAGAUAAUGCUCGGCGUCAAAUUGUUGCUUCUCCCCCCUUGGAAUACAAGGUACUUGACCCUAAGAAGUCUCACAACAUCGCCAUUUUGCUCAGGGCACUCAAUGUGACUAUGGAUGAAGUAUGCGAGGCCCUCAAAGAAGUGAUAUGUUACAGCUUCCUUUUCUUGAUAAUAGGCAAUUGGGAUAUGCUGGGAACAGAACUUUUAGAAAGUUUGUUAAAGAUGGCUCCAACCAAAGAUGAAGAAUGUAAGCUGAAGGAGUUCAAAGAUGAAUCAGCCUUCAAGCUUGGUCCAGCUGAGAAAUUUCUUAAAAUCGUUCUUGAUAUUCCUUUUGCAUUUAAGAGAGUUGACGCAAUGCUUUACAUUGCUAACUUUGAUUCAGAAUCAGAAUACCUUAGGAAGUCCUUUGAGACUUUGGAGGUGGCCUGUGAGGAACUAAGGAAUAACAGAUUGUUUUUGAAGCUCCUUGAAGCCGUGCUGAGAACUGGAAAUCGUAUGAAUGUUGGCACGAAUCGUGGUGAUGCGCAUGCAUUCAAGCUGGACACGCUUCUGAAGCUAGUUGAUAUUAAAGGGGCUGAUGGAAAGACUACUCUGUUGCAUUUUGUUGUGCAGGAAAUGGUCAGAACUGAAGGUUCUCGAAUAUCCUGUGCUACUGAUCAUCACCAAACUGCUGAAAAGAUCCAGCAGUCUACAUUCCAGGAUGAAGUUGAAUUUAGGAAACUUGGACUCCAAGUUGUUUCAGGUCUGAGUGGGGAGCUCAGCAAUGUACAAAAAGCAGCUACAAUGGAUUCAGAGAUGCUUAGCGAUGAUGUCUCCAAGCUUGCCAGAGGGAUUGCAGAAGUUGCAGAAGUUGAAAAAUUGAAUGGAGAAUCACCAUUGAGAGAGAAUAGUGAAAAAUUUUCGGAGGCAAUGAAACGUUUCUUGAAGAAGGGAGAGAAGGAAAUUGUUUUGAUUCAGGCACAAGAGAAGAAUGCUCUCUCUUCAGUGAAGAAGCUAACGGAGUAUUUCCAUGGAAAUUCUUCCAAGGAAGAAGCUCAUCCGUUUAGGAUUUUUAUGAUCGUGAGGGAUUUCCUUUCAAUACUUGAUCGUGUGUGCAAGGAAGUUGGGAAAAUAAACGACAGAACUUUGGUUGGUUUCCGUCAAUACUCAGAGCCUUCAAAUCCCAUCCUGCUACCAAUGUUCCAUGAGAUUGUUGGUUCCUUGGAUGAUGAAACCUCCUCUCGCUCAUCAUAGCAAUUGGUUGCUUUACCGCCUUGCAUAAUAAACUUAUUCCUUGCAUUUUUCCUCCAUGUGGUCUACUUGGCUGUACUCAAAUUAUGAAUGCCCGCCAUCUGGAAUUUUGAGUUUGUUCUGGCGUGUAAUGUAAAUGCUCGAGGUGAGAGCUAGUUUCUUGCGUCGCUGCACAGAGCCAAAAUAUAGAAGAUAAACUGAACAGAAUAUGAAUUCUGUUUGUAUUCAAUAAUGAUCAAUCGUCUUGUACAGUCAGUGCUUACGUAGAGCAAGGACUUAGGCUUAA